AUGACCAACUGGGACUUUGAUGAGUUGGAUGAGUUGGAAGCAAAGUUCUCAGCUGAUAACCCAAAGGUCCCGGCUCAUGGUGGGGCGCCGUCCAAUGGAGCCCAGAACACCACGAAAGAAGUGCCUAAAACACAACCGGUGGAGAAUUGCAAGAGACCUCUAAGUGGGAGCUGGCAGCAGGUGAAAGCUUAUCGUGAACUGGCCCUCCUGCAUCAUCCGGACAAAGGUGGCAGCGAUGGCGACUUCAAACUGCUCCGCCGGGCCUAUGAGGAUGGCCUCAUCGCGGUGAAACGAAAGGAGGAAGCGGCCUACAAGCCGAAGCCAGGAGCUCAGCUGGUAGAGGUGGAGGAGCGUCAGUGGCCCUUGCACCCUGCGGCGGCCAAGGUUCGUGUGCGGGGGGCUGUGGAUCAGUGGGAACACGACUACGACUUGGGCCAGGUUUCUUCGGUGCCUGAUGACAUCCCAGAGAUUUCCUCAGAAGAGCUGGCACAAUGGUUGCUGGAAGGUGCUGCCGUGGCCUUGGACUGUCGCGAGCUCAUCGAGGCGAAGUACGAACGCAGGACUCCAGUCGUCCCAGGUGGCAUUACGAUGAGUUUCGGGGACCUUCGGUCCGCUCCAGAUCUGUUGUCCAGACAUUUGGUGAGACUCGUGGACAGCGACUGUCAGGUUGUGACCUUCUCCACUCGUGGAGGAACGAGUGGCAACUGCGGUAUGUGCGCCGCUCUUUUGAUUGAUGUCUUUGGGAUGAAGGCCAGUCGCUUUUGGCGCUUGGAAGGUGGACUUGACGACUGGUUCGCUUGGGCUGCUCAAAACCCCGACAUCAUCCGAGCUCUACCGGAAAGAUCUGCCGUUGAGCUGUGA